UUGAGGCGGAAAGGAAACUGCGGAUUUAUUCCCGAAGAUUGAGACCGAAAUUUUGUGCUAUAACAUCAACAUGAGAGGAGGAGCGAAGGAGAACUCUGGCUCAGCGGGAACUCAGAAAAUCUGCAGACACAACUCCAGAGAGAAUGGAUUUCACAAAGUCUGUUUGUAUCUGCAUCUUGUGCUUCAUCAUGUAUGUGGACUCCCCCUCUGUAGACUCUCAGAUCACUGUACCUGCUCGAGAGGGAAACACAGCGGUCCUGCCAUGUAAAUUACACGUCACUACUGCCCAAGCACUACACGUCUCAUGGAGUAUUGGUGAUGAGGUUGUGUUUGAGCGAUGCGGUGAGGAGACAUUUCAGCGAUCAGGAUAUGAGGAUCGUGUGGACGUUCCUGAGGAGGAACUGCUUAAAGGAAACUGUUCCCUGGUGUUGAAGAACAUCAGAAACACUGAUCAGGGAAUCUACACCUGUUCACUGAUGACAGGACACAGGAAGAGAUCUGCCAUGACCAACAAGGACUUCAUCCAGAGUGUUACACUCCAGCUCUAUGGUGUGUUAGUACAGAAGAAUUUUCUUGAUCAGAGUAUGAUGUAAUCCAUCAGGUCAAAAUAAUCAAAUCAAAGUGAAAUUAUCCAUCAAGCCCUAAGAAUGACUUUGAAGUGCAUUUUAAGAUGGAGAGAGUGUCACUUUAUGUUAAACCAGUGUUUCAGCAUAUUACUAAUCGAUUAUAUCACGCCACAGUUUAAACGAAGUUACAGAGACAAGGAAAUAAUUGUGGUGAGAGGUCAGGGACGUGAUUAAAAGAAAAAAUGAGAAAACUCCACCUAAUGAGAUCAUUGUUUUAGAAUUGUAUUCAAGCAUGAGCCACACCAAUGUAAAUCAGAUGAUCUAGACAUCUCAACUUUGUUGACUGCUUCAAUAAAGUC